AAUUUUAAAGUGAACUAUCCCUUUAAUUAUAUUUAUAGAACACAUUAAAUGUUAAUAGAAUUAUACAUGAUUUUCGAGGAUACAUCACUCGUAUUACCUACCAAACACAAUGAAACACAUAGCAGCAUUGUGAAGCAGUGUGACUUUGUUAUAAGGCAUUUAGCUUCUCGCUGUUGCCCCCUAGUGUUACUCGUAUUAGAUAAAAAAGAUAUGAUAAGUAUAUAUUAAACUAGAUGGCCACCAGUAAUAAAAUAUUAAACCAUUAAAUCUAUAUUAUUCACACAUUAUACACAACUCAUUAAAAUAUAAAAAGUUUACUAGUUAUUAUUAACAAUUACCUACAGCAGAGUUAUCAAAAUCACUGUUGACUAUAUUCAUGGAAUGUCCGAAAAUGUAAAGAGAAACUGUAAUUUCAUCGAUUUACCAGCAGGUGCCAUUGAAAUGAAUGGCCUUCAGUGCUGCGUUUGGAACAAUGGUUCACUACAUGACACGCUGUUACUUCCGCAUUCCAUUCUUUACAACGGACGUCUAUCGCUGCGUCCCAAACCGCCUACUUCCAAACUAUAUAGUAGGCAAAGAGUACGAUAAGUAGUGCUUUUCGCCUACUUUAUAGUAUGGAAGUAUGCGGUUUGGGAGUCAAACCAUUAAACAAACAGAGACGUUAAAUUCCGCUCAGACGCAUAAUCGCGUCACCGUACCGCACGCGGGUCUAAAUAAACAGUCUAUAUACACAGGGUGCGUUGAAAACCUUCCGAAGGGACGACAUAUAAACAAUCGCUACGGAUAAGAAAAAUUACGUUGUUUUCAUUACUUUGUUCGCCAAGUGUAUUGUAAUCAGUCACCGUAUGAGACACACUUGCGCAACCCCAUCUAGAGUUUAUUUAUCUAGAGUUUUCAAAGACAAUAGAAGGGAGGAUCACAUGGAGUUUGCCUACACACAAGUUCUUUACAGUGAAACUCCAGGCAUACUGACAGUGUUGCUGAGGAGCAUGGCUAAGCGUGUUGCUGUGAUUGGAGCAGGCCAUGCUGGGCUGGUCUCCAUCAAAUGUUGCUUGGAUGAAGGUCUGGAACCGGUGUGUUUUGAAAGCAGUGAUGAUAUCGGUGGACUCUGGAGAUUUAAGGAGACACAUGAGGCAGAACGCACCAGCAUUUAUCGUUCUCUAGUAGCGAACACCUCUAAAGAGAUGAUGUGCUUCAGUGAUUUCCCGAUGCCGGAUAAUUUCCCGAACUACAUGCACAACUCCCUGCUCCUGCAGUACUUAAGACUCUACGCUGAACACUUCGGCCUGCUUAAACAUAUUCAAUUAAAGACUAAAGUAAGCAGUGUGAGACAGAGGCCGGAUUUCUCUACCUCUGGUCAGUGGGAUGUGGUGACCGUGGACAGAGAUGGACGAGAUGAGAAACACGUGUUUGAUGGUGUUCUAGUGUGUACAGGACAAUACACACAACCUAACAAACCCCUCUCUGACUUUAAAGGUGUUGAUACAUUCCCAGGAAUAAUUCUCCACAGCUGGGAUUAUAGGGAUCCUGAUCUUUACCGUGGCAAGAGAGUUGUGAUUGUUGGGAUUGGAAAUUCAGGUGUAGACAUUGCUGUGGAGCUCAGCAGAGUUUGUGAGAAGGUGUUUCUGAGUACCCGAACAGGGGCAUGGGUCAUAGGUCGUUUGUCAAAUAGAGGGCACCCUAUGGAUUUAGUGCUGGUAAAGCGAAACGUGGAUCUGAUGUUUCGCCUUCUGCCUCAAAGUCUGUUGAACUGGAUUGGAGAGAGAAUGCUCAAUCAGAAAUAUGACCACAAGUUUUAUGGACUACAGCCUAAACACAGAUUUUUUAACCGGCGUCCCAUAAUCAACGAUGACCUCCCAGGUCGCAUUUUGAUGGGAGCCCUGGUGAUGAAACCAAAUCUCCAAAAAAUUCAAGACUCAACAGUCGUAUUUGAUGAUGGGACGGCUGAAGAGAAGAUUGAUGCUGUGAUCUUGUGUACAGGAUAUAAUUACGCAUUCCCCUUCCUCCCCACCUCCUUAAACUCUGGUCCUGAUGGAGAACUGACACUCUACAAAAGAAUCUUUCCCCCAUCUCUAGAGCGUCCGACAUUGGCCAUCAUGGGUCUUUUCCAGCCCAAUGGGGCGAUCAUGCCAGCUGUCGAACUGCAGGCACGCUGGGCCACCCGGGUCAUCGCAGGGUUAAACCAUCUUCCUUCAAACCGAAAAAUGCAUGAAAUUAUUGAAAAGGAACGCAGAGCAAAUUUAAAAUGUUACGCUUGUCCCAAGGAGGCUGUCCUUCAAGUGAAUUAUAUUCCUUAUCUAGAUUUCAUGGCAAAGGAAGUGGGUGUCCGACCAAACAUAGUUUGGUUACUUCUCAGUGACCCUGCUUUGGGUUUGAGGGUUCUUUUUGGUCCCUGUACGCCCUACCAGUUUCGUCUACGUGGACCAGGACAUUGGAGUGGUGCUCGUCAGGCUAUCCUUACAGUAUGGGAGCGUGUGGCCAAACCCAUGAAGACACGCCCCAUUCCAGACCCAAAAUCCAGCAGUUUGUUAUACUGGAUGGGACUUGCCGGAGGUGCUGCAGUAAUUGUAAUCAUUAUGGUAAAACAAAAGAAGAUUCCAUUUUUUUUUAGAAUCAAUUACAUUGAGACAGCCUUAUUUGGACAAAAGUAAGCGUUUAGGGUAACACUUUUACA